UUCAACUGAUGAAGCUUAAGGUGGUACCAGAAUCGGUCAACCCAUUUCGGAGAGUGACUCCAAUCUUUUAUAAUCCUUUUAGGACCCCAUGUUUAGCCAGAAUGUAAGACUCUGCAUACUCCACCAAUAAUUAUGAUAUUGCUGUACAUUAUAGAAUGUAUAAUUGGAUAUUAAAUUUAAUGUUAUUCGAUAGCUUCUCUUUUUAGGUGUAUUAUUAGUUAAUAAAGAAUUGAAAUCAUAGCAUGCAAUGAAAGAACAGCAAAGUACACAAACACCAUUGAACCAGUCUUCCACCACUCUAGAAAGUCAACUCCUUUCCUCCUCUUGCAGCAGCAAGGAUGUCCAUGUCUUUAGAUACCAAUUAAUUUCUUCAUUACCUGCACAACAACUACUUCGGCCUUCCACUCGCAAGUCCCAUGGCCUUUGUACCGAUAUACCCUCUGCUCUUCUUCUUCUUCUUCCUUGUACUCACCUCUUCACAGAUGCCAUUUUAUGCCAAUGCUCAAACUUACAAAAAUGUGUCUCUUGGCUCCUCCCUAAUUGCACAAAACAAUAUCAACUCUUUCUGGGCAUCACCAUCUGCUGAAUUCGCUUUUGGUUUCCAACAAAUUCAAAAGGAUGGUUUCUUACUUGCCAUCUGGUUCAACAAAAUACCUGAGAAAACCAUCGUUUGGUCGGCCAAUGGAAAUGAUCUAGUACCAACUGGAUCAAAAUUUGAGCUUACCAUAGAUGGCCAGCUCCUUCUCAAAACCCCCACAGGACAACAAAUUUGGAAAGCUGACUCCUCCAAUGCCACAGGAGUUGCCUAUGCAGCCAUGCUUGACACUGGAAAUUUUGUACUGGCAAACAAUGGUUCAAUAAAUUUAUGGGAGACUUUCAAGCAACCAACUGACACGAUUUUACCAACGCAACCUUUCGUUGAAGGCGACACAAUCUUUUCUCGUUACAAUGAGACAAAAUACUCAGAAGGAAAAUUUCUCAUAUCUUUCCGUGGUGGGGAUCUUGUGCUUUUCACAAGGCAUUCUGCUUCAGAUGUUGAUAAGUUUUACGUAUGGGAUACAGCCGCAGCCAAUGGGACUGAGCUCAUCUUCAACAUAUCAGGCUCCAUUUACCUUGCAGCAAAGGAUGGAAGCAUAGCUAGCAUGCUAUCACCCAAUAAUAUCUCGACCAAAGAUUUCUACCAGAGAGCAGUCAUCGACUAUGAUGGAGCCUUUAGGCAUUAUGUUUACCCAAAGAGCUCCACAUCCAGUGAAGGAAGACCCCUGGGCUGGUCCAUUUUAUCUGCCGUACCUUCAAAUAUAUGCUUACUGGGGAGAGAGGAUAGAGGAGUUGGACCAUGUGGGUUCAAUAGCUACUGUACAUAUGAUCAAAGAGCCACUUGCCACUGUCCUGGAGGUUACUCCUUCAUUGAUCCAGAUGAUGUUGCCAAAGGAUGCAAACAGGACUUUGUUUCACAAAGCUGUAACAAAGAGUCUCCAGAAACAGAUCUUUUCCAUUACUCUAAGAUGCCAAAUGGAGACUGGGGUUACUCUGAUUAUGAGCAUUUUGAAAACGUUACAGAAGAUUAUUGCUGGCAGAGUUGCUUAGAAGAUUGUAUAUGUGUUGCUGUCAUGUUUAGACAAGGUGGGGUGUGUUUCAAGAAAAAGCCACCUCUCUCAAAUGGCAGGAUGGACCCCAGUAUUGAUGGAACAAUUCUUGUGAAAGUAAGGAAAGACAAUUCUACCAUUUCUCCUAGAAAUUCAGUUUCCAAGAAGAACAAUAGUUCAACUUUAAUCCUAGUUGGAUCAAUCCUCUUAAGCAGUUCUGUUUUUGUGAACUGCCUCUUACUGCUAGUAACUUUUCUGGUUGGUCGCUCCUACAAUAAGAUAAGAAAGGAGAUUCAAGAGCAGUCAAUCUUCCCAGGGAUGGGUCUCCAAUCUUAUACAUAUGAGGACAUAAAAAAGGUGACAAAUGAUUUCAGUGAAGAAAUUGGUAGUGGUGCUUUUGGAACAGUUUUCAAAGGGGUACUAACCUCAGAUCAUGGAAAAUUAGUUGCUGUUAAAAGGUUCAACAGCAUGGUGGCAGAAAGUGAUGUGGAAUUCAAAACGGAAGUGAGUGCAAUUGACCGAACAAAUCAUAGAAAUUUAGUCAAACUUCUGGGCUUCUGUAAUGAAGAGCAACACCGGCUUCUUGUAUACGAGUUUAUGAGCAAUGGUUCUCUCGAAAGCUUCCUCUUUGGAGUUUCAAGGAUCAACUGGUACAGCAGGAUCCAAAUAGCCUCAGAAGCUGCAAAAGGGCUACUCUACUUGCACGAUGGUUGCAGCACCCAAAUCAUACAUUGUGACAUCAAGCCUCAGAACAUUCUUUUAGAUGACAAAUUUACGGCAAAAAUUUCAGAUUUUGGAUUAGCCAAGCUUUUGAAGACAGACCAAACUCGAACAACAACAGGAAUCCGGGGAACCAAAGGGUAUGUUGCUCCGGAGUGGUUCAGCAAUCAGCCAAUAACAGUAAAGGUGGAUGUCUACAGCUUUGGCAUUUUGUUAUUGGAGCUGAUCUGUGGCAGGAGAAAUGUUGAGGCAGAGGCAGGGGAUGAAAAUGAAAUCAUACUGGCUGACUGGGCUUAUGAAUGCUAUACAGAAAGGAAACUUGAGCUCUUAGUGAAGGAUGACAAGGAGGCAAUGGAAGACUUGAAGAGGGUGGAGAAGUUAGUGAAGAUUGCAAUUUGGUGCAUUCAAGACGAUCCCUCACUCAGGCCCACCAUGAAAAAUGUUAAGCAGAUGAUGGAAGGAAUUGUUGAAGUCCCAAUUCCCCCAGAUCCAUCCUCAGCUUGAUUUGCGAUACUAAUGCUCAUAAUGUUGAGCAUGUAUUAUCUGUAUUAUUCCAGUCUGAUAGUAUUUGGUCUUGAUUUUCGAUUGCAAGAAUAUCUCUGCUGUUACAUACUUUUUCAACAUAAGAAUGUCCAAUAUGUAUGUUGACAAAUCAUCUUUGGUUUGGAAGUUUUCUUAAACA